ACAGUUGGGUUUUACCGCCAAACAAGAAACAUCAAGCAUGGGCUGUCAUGUUUCCUUUUCUUCAGCUCUUCAUAAUUUUUCGUAAUUGAAACUGAUAAAGCGUUUCCUAUAUUCGAUUCAAUCACGAGCCUUCCAAACUUGCCGCCAAAGAUGCCAGCGACACCACAACCAUUGUUUCCUUUUUUUCAAUUCUUCAAUGAAUUUUUCGAUGAUUGAAUUUUUCGAUGAUUGAUACGAUUCCGCGUAUCCAAAUUCUGUUACGCAAAUUUCUAACUUACCAUGCUUACAAAGAAAGUGAACCUAGACUUAUAUUGCAAGACACAUACAAAGCGGUCUCAAAUCAUUUCCGUACUUGGUGAGUCAUGCGAACUCUAUAAAAGCCGAAGCCUUUCACUCGUUUCGACACCUUCGUUACCACCUUCUCACAAGCCAAAAUACCUCACCGUUUUACUCUCUCUCUCCCGUUGGUUCACGACUCCCGGAGUUCACCGGAGAAUCCAGAAGUUGCCGGAGCACCGAGCACCGAGUCGGAAACCAACCGAAGUUUACGACGGAGCUCGAGUCGUCUUGUUCGGUCAAUCGCUCUUGUUCGUUUUGUUGGAUUUGUUAUCUUUACUCGUACGUUACAAGAAAACGCAACGCAACCAAUGUUGAUAGACAAGAUGAUGAAGAAGCAAGUUAGGGUGGACUAGAAACUCACCUAGAAAAUAAACUAUGUUUGAAAUUUGAUUUAUGUUUUGAUCAUGUUGAACAAUGUAUGACAUUUUAGUCAUUUAUGAAAUUUGAUUUAAUCAAUAUUGUCACAAA